AUGUCAACUGAACCUGAAACUACUACUAACAGCCAGACUGAGCAACAGGCUCCAGCAAAGGCACAACCUUCAAAGAGAAAAAAGAAAGGGCCAGAAAAGACAGAUGAAAAUCUCUUGGACAUAUUCAAAGGUGAUGGUGUAAGAUACAAAGCUAAACUGAUUGUCAUUGAUGAUGUUCCAGAGGCAAGAGAAGACAAAAUGAGUCAGGAUUCAAUGAUGAAUCUGAAGGGAAUGGCACUGCCAUCCCCUUCCCAGGAUCAACACAAACAGAAGAUUUGUGUGAACAUCUCCCUGUCUGGUAUCAAGAUAAUAGAUGAGAAAACUGGGCUUAUAGAGCAUGAACAUCCAGGGAAUGAAAUCUCCUUUAUUGCUCACGUAACAGAAAACCAUUCCUUUGGCUAUAUGUGUGGAGGAGAGGGACUGCACCUGGUUUUGGAACGUCCUUCUCUGCAGAAUGAAGUGAAGCUGGAUUCUGAAAGCAACAUCCAGCUCAUAUCACAUGAGUCUAUAACCAUUAGCUCACUACCACAAAGUACCAAGCCAGGAAGAGGAAGGAGGUCUGCCAAGACUGCAUCAAAUGACUUUUUUUUAGCUCAGACUCCUUUCCCCUCAGUCCACUGGUAUCUGGGGACAGCCAGCAGAAGUUCAUCCAGUUCAUGGGUGCAGACAUCCAGUGCUGUAAAUCCCUUCCAGAGUAGUGUGUUCCCAUCUUCAACACUGCCUGCUCAGAUGCUGUCAGUAUUGCCUUCUAUGUCAACAGCUAGCUCACCUCAGCCUCCACCUAGAACUGCACCUCAGAAAGGGCUGUCCAAGUAAGAGAGAGAUGCUUUUAUUGCUCUAGAUCCACUUGGUGAUAGAGAGAUGAAGGAUGUUAAGGAAAUGUUCAAAGACUUCCAGCUGACAAAGCCACCUGCAGUACCAGGAAGGAGAGCAGCAAAGUCUUUCAGAACCACCAAAACCUGUUGCCAGAGAAAGGAAGAAAAUGUACCAGGAUUCUUUUUCUGUGAAGGAGGCUUGGCAGAUAAAUGGAACAAGCAGAUAGGCUUCUUGCACGUAUCUCAGUGA